AUGGCGACUAAGGCAGAAGUCCAAGCGGAAAAGGGGGAUGUGCAACAUGAAGAGCAGAUUGAUGUCUCAGACAUUUCAAAUACAUCUAAUCCAGCCCACGCUGAAGCAAGCUUGACAUGGAAAACAUGGGUAGUUAUAUUUAUCCUUUCAUCAUGCUUCGGGUUAAGUUUCUGGCCAGUCCCUACAACGUCAGCCAUGCAAACGAGCCUUGCAGCUAAACUCGGAGACCUUACAGGGACGACUGUAUACUGGUUUGUACCAGCUUACACGACUGGGAACUCGUUAGGAUUUCUCAUAGCAGGCGCCAACAGCGACCUCUUUGGGUGUCGCAUAUUCUUACUGUUUGGCGAGGUUGCUGCAGCAGUGGGGAUGCUCAUCUCAGCAACGUCCAAAAGCUCAGAGCAGAUGACCGCGGGUCUUGCGAUAGCAGGCUUUGGUGGAGGCUUUUGUCAAAUGGCAAUGUGCUCAAUACCUGAGCUCAUGCCCAACAAAUACCGCCACAUAGGCAUCUGCAUCUCAGAUGGUUUCGUCUUUCUAAUCGUGAUCAUUGGCCCAAUCGUCGGACGGUACGCCAUCGACAGUGGCGACUCCUGGAAGUACAUCUACUAUGGCGGGUUCAUUGCUCAGACAAUCUCUCUGAUAUUUUUGGCAUUACUCUACUUUCCGCCAAAGCAUCCCAGAGGUGUUCCACGGCGUGAGGCAUUGCCUCAUCUCGAUUAUGUUGGGACACUUCUCGUAGUGCCAGGGGUCUGCUUGGCUCUCGUGGGCAUCAUUAAUACCACUUACUUACAAUCUUCAGACGUCAUGGUCAUCGCACCGAUGUGUGUCGGUUUUGGCCUUCUGGUUGCCUUUGGCUUUUGGGAGACACUGUCAAAGACGAGGUAUCCCUUGUGUCCUCCGCGCAUCUUUCGAUCUCACCACGGCCGCGAAUUCACAGUACCUUUCAUCUUGGCCUUCAUCGUUACCAUGUUCUACUAUGGGAUCAAUAUCAUCUACCCAACCAUGAUAAAUGUCUUCUAUAUCACACCGACCACUUCUCGGUCGGAAAGCCUGCUGUUGACUUUACCAGGCAAUCUCGGUCUUGUGUUUGGCGCCGUGCUGUUGAUCUGUUUCGGCAAUUUGUUCGGGCACUGGAAGUGGACCUUGACAGCCUCGUGGGUUGGGAUGGUGCUUUCCGGUGGAUUGAUGGCCCUUGUGACACCGUACAACAAGGGAACGAUGAUUGCUUUCACGUUCCUGGAGCAGACAUUCUUCGGCUGGGCUCAAUAUGAAAGCAUAGCCUUUACUCAACUAGGCGUGCAUCAGCAUGACCUUGGAAUGUCUGGUGGACUUGCUGGCGUGGCUCGAUACGCUGGAGGCUCACUAGCUCAAGCUAUCUACACUUCGAUCCUGGCCAACACUCAGUCGUCUCGAGCUGUACAGACAGUUCCCCGAGCAGCGAAGUCAGCAGGUGCGACAGACAACACGACAUUUGCGAUCCUUGCCGCCCUCCCAUCGGGUGCCUCUGCGCUUGAGAGCAUUCCUGGCAUCAACGGCGAGAUCCUGGCAGCAGCCAGUACGGUCUAUCAAUGGAGCUACGCUCAUGGCUUAAAGAUGACAGCGCUGGCUUCCCUCUCGUUUGGUGGACUCGGUCUUGUCAUGUGCCUCUUGUUGGAGAACAUCGACGCGAAAAUGAACGAUCAAACGAACGUCUUCCUCGAGAAUGAUGUGCACGCGGACAAGAACGAGUUCCACUAG